ACUAGUAACUUUGGAACACUUCCACUGAUGAGAUGCAGCUUAGAGAGAUCUUCUUCAAUUCCCAAAAAAUCUAACAAUCUUAUUUCUACACUACUCUCAUCUUCUUUCAAGCCAUUGUUGAGAGAGUUGCAGCUCAAUGUUCCCACAACCUUAAAGGAGACAUCUGUGAGAUUAUUGGAUGCCUUUGUUGAUUUGGUUUAUGAAUUUAAAGACCAGCCUUGGCUCCCAUCUCAGGCUAACUUUGCUCCGGUAGAAGAGAGGGAAGAAGCUAUUACUGUAUACAAUAUACAAGGAAUUAUUCCACGUGAUUUUCCUGAGGGUGUUUACCUCAGAAAUGGAGCAAAUCCGAUAUUUGGAGGACUAAAAAUAGCAGAAUCAAUAUUUGGGAAAAGCAGUCAGUUGUGGGUGGAAGGUGAAGGUAUGAUCCAUGCAUUGUACUUCAACAAAGACCGCAAUGGCCAUUGGACUAUUUCCUAUAACAACAAGCUUGUCCAAACUGGGACAUUUCAAGUUGAAAAACACAGGAAAAGACCUGCAUUUCUUCCCACUGUUGAGGGAGAUCCGCUUGCCGUCUUGUCUGCUAUUAUCCUAAAUUCAUGGAGAUUUGGGAAGUUGACAAAGGAAUAUGCCAAUACGAAUUGUUUUAUGCAUUCUGGGAGAGUGUAUGCCAUUACUGAGAAUCAUUUGCCAUUUGAGAUUGACAUAUCUACCCUUCAAACCUUGGGGAGUUGGGAUGUCAAUGGAGGUUGGACUAGGCCAUUUACUAGCCAUGCUAAGAAAGCUCCUGGUAGUGGAGAACUUGUUACCAUGGGAUUUGAUCCUCAAAAACCUUUCUUUGAAGUAGGAGUUAUCUCAGCUGAUGGGAAGAAAGUAGUUCAUAAAGCUGAUCUCAAGUUCAAUAGGUGCACAUUUUGCCAUGAAAUUGGUGUCACAUUGAGGUACAAUGUGAUAUUGGAUUUUCCAAUAAUGUUAGAUGCCAGAGUCCUCAUAAAGGGAAAUUCGUUUAUAAAAUAUGAUUCGAAAGAAUUUGCAAGAAUUGGAGUGAUGCCUCGCCAUGGUGAUGCUGAUUCAGUGACAUGGUUUGAGGUGGAGCCAUGUGUUGUAUUUCAUAUUCUCAAUUGUUAUGAGGAAGAUAAUGAGGUUGUGGUUAUAGCAUGUAGAGCUCCCGGGUCGAUUUUAUCAGGACCGGAUCAUGAUUUUUGGGAAACAAAAAAUGAGUGGUUUUCCAAAGGAUUUAAACAUACGAGUUGUGUCCAGGGAAGUGAUGAAAGUUCUGCAGAAGGAUUGUUUUUCACUCGUGUUCAUGAGUGGAGAUUGAACAUAAAAUCUGGUGAAGUAAAAUCUCGUUUUCUCACCGGAUCUCAAUGUUCUAUGGAUUUUCCCUUCAUCAAUGAACAUUUUACCGGCCUUAAAAAUCAAUUUGGCUAUGCACAAGUUGUUGACUCAAAUGCAAGCUCUGCCGCAGGCAGGGCAAAAUAUGGAGGAAUAGCCAAGCUAUAUCUUGAAGAGGGAGAAGGAGAAGAGUUGAUCAAAGUUGACUAUCAUAUGCUCCCACAAAACACAUUUUGCACCGGAGCUGUUUUCGUCGCAAAAACAGGCGGCAAUGAAGAAGAUGAUGGUUGGAUCGUCACAUUUGUACACAAUGAAAACACCAACACGUCUCAAGUUUAUAUGAUCGAUGCUAAACACUUUUCAAACGAGCCAAUUGCUACGAUUACACUGCCUUGUAGAGUGCCAUAUGGUUUUCAUGGAGCUUUUAUUACCUAAAUUUUAAUAUAAUGUAGCAUUUCUUCCGAACAUUUCACCUUAUCAUUGUACAUUAAUCAGAGUAUGUUAUUGUUGUUGU